AGGUAAAAUAGAUCUUCCGAAGAUACCCGAAUAUUUUACGGUUGUCCUCGGAAAUCCUCGUGAAGUUGGUUUGCUACCAACAUGGCGGGCGAUAAGAAAGAAUCAAAGGUGUGUGAAAACCACGAGAAUUGCACACAGAUUGAUAUCUUUGAAGCCGCACAGUGUGGAGAUUCCAGAGUUUGCAGAGAACUUGUUGCACAGCACGGCGUAAAAAUUCUUAGCACAUACGACAGUCAUGGACACACGCCUUUGCAUUGGGCAGCCCUGGGUGGUUACAAUGAAGUUAUAAAAUUCUUUAUAAAUUGUGGAGUUGAAGUAAAUCAACAGAGUCGAUCAGACUACGGACCAUAUCCAAUUCACUGGGCAUGUGUCAAUGGUCAUAUUUUAUGUGUGGAUCUUCUUCUUCAAAACGGGGCUUCAAUAGACUGUACUGACAACAAAGGUUGUACUCCCUUGAUUAUUACUGCACAAUAUGGAAAAGCAAUGCUGGCUGGAUACCUUAUAGGCAAAGGAGCAAAGAUAUUCUUGACAGAUCAUGAAGGAGACAAUGCUUUACACUGGGCUUGUUUUAAAGGUCACAGUGAGGUGGUUCAGUUGCUUUUGUAUUCUGGGUUUGAUCCCAAACAGAAAGACAGGUUUAGCCAGACCCCUCUUCAUCUGGCUUGUCUUAGUGGAGACCUGCUCACAGUUGAGCACAUUGUGGACAUGGAUGUUGUGUUAGAUGCUGUAGAUAGUAAUAACAAGACACCAUUAAGACUGGCCAUGGGGCGAGACCACAAAGAAAUUGUACACUACCUGCAAAGUAAACUUAAUCGUCUGGUGUCCUGUCACAUGAGAGACAUUGUGUUUGGCCCACCUGGGAGAUCAAAAGGACCAUUGUUAUUUUACCUGGGAAAUCUGUUUCUUUGGGGUUAUCCUGUUUAUUUCUUUUAUGUUGUUCCAGUUUCAUGGGAUAUCACACCAUGGGCUCAUUAUUUGUUUAUUUUUCUAAACAUUAUGAUGUGGUGGGCUUUGUAUUACGCUAAUUCACGAGAUCCAGGGUUCCUCCCCUGCCAUAGUCCAGAUUAUGACAUGGCCUUAAAACAGGUGCCGUUCUAUGAAGAAUGGGAAGUUAAGACAGGACAAAACCCUCUGGAAAACCUUUGUCACACUUGUAGGCUGGUGCGACCAUUGCGUGCAAAGCAUUGUAGGAUAUGUAACCGCUGUGUCAAGCAUUUUGAUCAUCACUGUCCUUAUAUCAAUAACUGUGUUGGCCUCAAUAACAGGGGUCCGUUCUUCAUGUUUGUAUCAUGUGUGGCUUGGUGUAGUUUCAUCACCGUGUACUUCGCAUGAGCCAAAUUUCAAUCAACCUCACUACAAACGAAAGAAUCAACAAGAAGAGAUACGCGUAUCUGAGAGGACCAUCUGGAAUCUUUUUGAAUCCUUUCGAUAGAGGAUUUCUCAAGAAUUGGUUGGAGUAUUUUCAUUGGGUGGAACCAUUCGACAAGAAACCAAACCUUCUGUACAAUGUAUAACGCGGCUGGCCACGAGAGUAUGAGAAAAAUCAUUGUUACCAUCCGUCUGAGGUUGUAGCUCAUAAAAUGGCUAAAUUUUUAAACGACACAGCUUCAGUAGAUUUCUAUCCUGAAUUGAGCCUUUGAUCGAUAGCGUUAGUGGGCUCGUCCUACAGUGGGAUAACGCUUGGAACCCGGAUGUUCAGUUUCUGUUAAGAUGUGGGUCGAUAGAUGUCUAUGUUUAAAAGAGGAACAGAAUAUUCUGCCCAGAGCCAUGGGCAGGUCACGAUAGUUACAGAGAACAUAAAUUUCACGGAGCCAGAACCCUAGUAAGAGAUAUAACAAUAUACAUUUCUCCACCACGAGUGGCGACCUUAAGCGCAAUCAAAUCUUCGGUCGUGGCAUCAAACCUUCUAACCUUAUUGAAUUAUAUUCGAAAGGCCGGAGACCAAAGGUUUACUAAUGUUUUCUUUUCUCCACAAAUAGGUGAGAUUGGAAAUAAAAUACUAUUUAAAUUUGAAAUCGUUUAAUUUUCAAGAGUCAGAGUGCACACAGUAAGUGUGAGACCAGCUGGUAUCUGCGAACAUUUAUGAAAUAGAGAUAGUAUUUUCUCCUGAUCAAACGUUUUACGAGAUUUUUGAGAAUUUAAAUGGAAAGAUUACGAAAUUUCAUCAAGUUAGCAUUUGAUUAUAAACCAUUAUGUGAAAAAAAUUGUCACAAGUUUUAAUAGUUUAGUUUCAACUCUUUUUUAAUUUUCCUCGAUGUCAAAAAUUGUCUGUGAUCAACCUUACCAAUUAAAGAUGCAUUGAAAGCUG